UAAAGUGUGAUUUUCUUGGCGGGAGAUUUUACGUGCACAAGGAAGAAGUGCGAAUUUAACCAACUUUAUCAUCCCUAUCCUUGGCUCCACGUAUUUUUCCUUGUCCAUUCCUCGCCAGGAAGAUGCCCAAAGCGAAGGACAAGACUAGAAAACGCCGUGUUGACACGGAUGAUGACGAGAUACCAGCAUCGCAACAGACUCAGGGAAGACGCAAAGGUCAAAAGCAGAGGCAGCAGCAUGCAGAUGACGAUGAAAAUAGUCCAUCUCCAACACAAAAGAACCAACUUUCAGGGGCUGAACUUGAUCGAAAGGUUGCAGAGACAACACGCUAUCUUUUGUUUGCUGAUAGGAAAAAGAUUCCAAUAAAGCGGGCAGAUAUCACUAAACAUGUGCUAAAAGAACAUUCCAAGGCUUUCUCCCAAGUCAUGGAACUCUCAACAAAACAACUUCACAAGGUGUUUGGUAUUGAGCUUGUGGAAGUUGAAGGGUCUGGCAAAGCAAAGGUCUACAUGCUCCUUGAUAAACUUGAUAGAGAAGAGAUGCAUGAAAUGUUGGACUGGGGUGAUGAGUCUCCCAGAAUGGGUCUACUCAUGCUUGUCUUAAGUGUUAUUCUUAUGUCUGACAAUAUCAUGAAUGAAGCAAGCUUGUGGCACUUUUUGAAGAAAAUGGGAUUAGAACCAAAAAAGGAACAUGAAGUAUUUGGCGACCCAGAGAAGCUAAUUGCUCAAGAGUUUACAAGACAAGGGUAUUUGGAACGAAGAAAGGUAACAGGAGGAGAGGAAGCUACAUUUGAAUACAGUUGGGGAUCACGAUCAAACAAAGAACUCACAAAGAGAAAAGUGUUGGAAUUUGUUUCAGAGAUCUAUGGUACAGACAUUGAAGUGUGGACUUCACAGUUAAAAGACAUAGAAGAUGAGGAGCAGGAAGGUGUUGAAGUCAUGGAAAUCAAUUAAUGGGUGAAUGUGAAGUGGAAGUUCUGUUUUUCCCCAAACAGCAUACAUGGAACUGGACCCCCAGUCUUCAGAAAACCAUGAAAGGAGCAGGCCCCCUGUAGAGAUGGUGUUUAAUUAUCCCCCAAAAGAAAGGACAUACAGUUGACAGCAUUGUGGGCUGACUCAUAUUAUGCCAAGAAUGUCAAAUUCUUAAAAAAUGCAUAUUUAGUAAGUUGUUUACUAUCUGUGCCUAAUAGCAGAAAGGACUGCACAUACUGUUUCGUUUAAAAUUAUACUCCUUGGUUUCAAUUGUACAUAUUUAGAGUCAAAGAAAUAGAUGUGAAAAGCAAGAAAA